CAUUGCAGCGAUUGGCGGCUUUCAUCGUCGUGUCUAAAUGACACGAAUUAAAGGGAGGUGCGCUGGUAUAUAUACACUGUAUGUUGUGAACAGCAAUGUGAAGCAUUGAGAUCAUGUGGCGUGUUCUUAUAAUUUGCUUUAUUGGAAUUCUAGUGGAAGAAGUAGAGGGAGGUGGAAGGAGAGUUCGAUUAGGAGCCGCUGUACCAGAUACGACCACGCCUCAGCGUUUCACCUUAAACAGGGUGUGUGCAGACAACGGAGCUCUGGUGGACAGGGGCGACAAUGUGAUUUCACUUGAGUCCCUGUACUGCCUGCCGCCCCCCGGAGAAAUAAGACGGUGUUUCAUUGUCGAUUAUGGGACAUUUGAUCGGGCAGUUUGUCCAGAUAAAGCUUACAUUAAUGGAUUUCUUAAAGAAGGCGGCCGGAAACAACUAAGAUGCUGUUCCUUAAUUGGGGUUUCUUACAAUGAUGAUGAAUGCAUCGAAUAUUUCCGAACAUGGACAAACUUCAGAUCACCAUUAACCAACGGGUACUACUUGACUGGAGACACUCCGGUUUCCGAUGGCAUGGGUGGUAUAAGUGGUUUUGUCAAAAGAGGUUGUCUAUUCAGAAGAAUAAUACCGCCAAAUCAUAGACGGACACACAAGCAGCCUUAUUAAAAUAAAUCUCCUUGUCUAUA